GACGAGUGGGUGCUUCCUCACCAGCUCCUUUCCGGUGUGUCAGUGGCUCUUCUUCCUUCUUCCUCCUUCCUCCUCCUCCUCCUCCUCCUCCUCUCCGGGGCCUGUGUUACUGCCCCCUGCUGGACUGGAUCGUAUUAGUAGAUGGAGCCACUUUUCCACCACGUGAGACGGCCGCGUGAGAUCCAUCAAACACGGCGGCGUCCUCAGAGCUGUGGGUACGAGCCGCUCUUUGCGUCCGUCCUUCAAACAACCAUCGACCAUCCGUCCCUGCACACCUGUGCCUGAAGGCUGGUGCAUGAAGUAGACGUCGUGCACAGUGCACAGUGUGAAGAUUGUUUACCAAAACGAUCAAACUAACUGAAAGGAACAUUUUGUUCUAACCACAAAUACCUGCUUACACCCCCUCGUUUCCACCAUUAGUUUAUAUGUAAGAGAGACAUUUCCAGAUGUCCAUAACAGACUAAUUUAUCACAGUUGAACAUCAGCAUGACAGCUGUAACAUUUCAAUAGCUCUAUUUGGUUUAUGAGCACGUUUGACUACAAACUCAAUUUUUAGCUAAUUUAAUUCUAUUUUAAAUCUUUUAACGUAUAUUUAUUUAUUUAUUUGAGCAGUAACCAUUCUGCUCAAAAGGAGUGGGCCGAAGCAAAAGAGCUUAUAUAUUUGUCAUCUCACAAUAGUACAGACUAUAGUGCCAAAUACAACAAAACAACAUCAACAAUUACAAAACAACAGCAAGAGGGAUUAUAUACACUUACAAUGUCUGAUCAUGGUAGAAUACUCCUAAUGGACAAUAUUUUCUUUUUUAUACUUGUCAAAACGUAUCCUUCAUCUUUUUAAUGACUGUUUUUUUGGUGUGAAAAUGUGGUUUUUGAUCGUCAUGGCAACAAAUGUCACACAGGAAAUCCACAAAGGUGUUGCAUGUCGACUUUAAAAAAAAAGAAGGAAAUUUGCACAAAUAAUCUGUUUUCGUCCUCUUACCCUUGUAAAACUUUUAGCAAAAGGCUUCACAUCAAAUCAACCCUUCGUGGACAACGCAGCUCAACCCAAAGACUCUGUUUUUCUCCUUUGUAGAAAUGUAGAACAUAUUAACGUUCAAAGUCUCUAAGACACUUUUAAGCACAUUUAAUGAUCCAUUGAGGUCGUUAUCCCUUUGGUAUUCGUUGGUAUAUAUAUAAAACAAAGCACUUUAUUCUAAAAUUUUAGGCAAAGAAAGGAUGCAAGAUUAUAAAGGAACUUUAUACAAAUUAAGGCCAUAGAUUUGUUGGUCCAACUUAAUCUCUGACGUUACUGAGAUAUUAACCUACAAUGUGGUUACACCACUCUCAGUUAAACCAGAAGAAGGAAGGAGGUGUGUAAAAAACGGAGCCUCGUACAAACCCGUUCUGACAGGUGGUCGAGGUUUGGAUAUUUCCGCAUUAACAUCACGAAUAGUUAGUACAACUUCUAAAAUCAGCGUUCAGAGUUUUUCAAAUGGCCAAAAGUACGGGAUCAUAGAAAUCAAAACUGGAAAUGUAUUUGGUUCUUUCAGUUCCACCACAGAAAUACCUUCAUGGUUUCACAGUUGCUGUUUAAAAAAACAUGCCAUGUAAAAAAAUUGUUUUACUCUUUUUUUUUUUACUCUUUAGUUUAUUCAGAAUCUUAAAAGCUUAUAUAGACAAAAACAAUGCCAUUUAAAAAUGUGAAAGAAGUGUUUUUUCUGUCUUAAGAGUCAAAAGAGGAAAAGCAUUAUAGUGUUUGUGAAGUAAAGAGACUCUCAGUAUGAGCUGCUCUCUUCUGUGGAUCUCAACAUGAAACACAUUCACGAAUCACUGUUGCACAUUUUUAAGUUGUUUCAGUUUAGAUCUUGAAUAGCUCGACAUCAUAUUUUUUUUUACAUUCAUUGUGUCAGCAACACAAUAAAUGUUGGUGCCAAUAAAAAUUCAAUAUGGCUAAAAUUUGUCAAUAUAAUGGCCAUUUGUUACUCAUAAUUCAUUUAUUUAUUAUUCAUCUCUCUUUAUAAUGUUCUUUCUUUGUUCCCCACAUGUGCUUCAUAAACCAACGGCUGGAUUUUAAAAGUCAAUUCUUUGUUUGACAGGAAGUCAGCGUAAAGCCCUGAGAACGGGGGUCAUGUGAUCCUCUUUUCCUUCGUCCUUCAUUUACUCUUUAGGUGACUGUUUUGAUAUAACGUGUCCAGGUCACGAUGUUGUGUGAUGUCAUCUAGGCCUGUAUGGCUGACUGAGUUAAAUUGUGUCAUGGUGUUUGAACAGCUGUUAUCUGAAGGCUGAACCCAGGCCACAACCAGGCCACAACCAGGCCACAACCAGGCCCAGGAGGUCCACGCAGGCUACAGCACAGCUGCCAGGUACUGACAGGAGCUGUGUGAGCCUCUGGCCGACAACAUUAUGACAUUGUGUGUUUUGCAUGUCUUUUGCAACGAACCAGGGGGUCUGCAAGGCGUACGUCCUUGAAACCACGAGUCUUUCUUCAGUUGAGCAACAGAUCAGAAUAAUCGUGAGGGCUGUGAAACCGACAAACCCACAGAGAGUCUGCGAAGACCUGAUUAACACUGCUCUUGUACUCAAUUGGCUUACAUAAUCUCUUUCGACAAAUUUAAUUUUAUAAGUGCAUAAUUAGAUUUCUCGUUCUUAGAAACCCAUGUUUUCGUCGCAAUAAUUUGUCACAAUAAGAUAUUCUACAAUGGGGUAAUUCACAGGAUGGACAGUGCACAGUAGGUACAUGGUCAAUAACCAGAGCAGCAGUAGGUACAAAAUAUGAUGCACACAAAAAUGAAAAUAAAGAAGUAGUGCAAAGACCACAGUAACUAACUAUACUAAAUAUGUGCACAGUGUACCCCAGUGGUUGCACAUGUGUUCCAGUGUUCUUUGGUCCUUUCCUGUGGUCCACUGGGUGUGCAGGAGGUCGUGCAGGAGGUCGUGCAGCCUGGCAGCAGCAGGAAGGCUCUGUGGAUGAGCCGACAUGCUGCUGCCCCAGCGGACCACUCCAUAAAACAUCAACACCGAUGCCGGAUCGAUGUGCAAACCGUACUGGGUCCAAAGAUGAGCUCCACAGGGCGGAGAUGGACAAGGACCAGCCUCUCCAGGGUCUUCAUCAGGUACAUGGCGCCAUUUGCUGGCAGCCAUCAAGGGAAAAUGAAAUCAAUCUUGUAUUUCCAUCAAAUUUGCCUCACUAAUCUGCUGGGCUUUAUUGGGAAACAUGAUCUUCCCUUAUGGUCCAAAACAUUGAAUUUCACAGUUCAACCAAACAUUACAACAUUCUAAAUGUUGACAAUUCAGUUCUUCUUGCCCUUAGAUCUGACUUGCAAAGACCCCUCGCAAUUCUCUCACUGCAACACCUGCAAAACGAGGGAAGACAAGGUGUGAAACAAACAGGAAAAAGCUCUGAGGCGUCCUGGCGAUGGGGAAGCAGACACUUUCAAGCCGGAACUGCCACUCAAACAUCUGCAUGUAGACUAUCACGUUAACAUGACAUUCUUGAGGAUGUGAAAGUGAUUCAUGGGGGAGAUCAUGAGCUGAUGGAGUGUGAUAGAAAUCCUAUUAGAGCUCUUUCAUGAGCUCAUUAACUGUGCAACAAACGGCCCGUUCUUUCCUGAUAAAACAUUUGCAUACUGAGUAUAUGUUAAAUCCAGCAGUUCUUCAUGAUUGACAGCUUUCUUGUCAGACCCGUUGUCUUUGGUUUCCACGCGUGGUACACAUGUUAGAGGCAGGUAUCUCCCACGUGGGCUUCCUCUUUACUGGUUUUGUCCUCUCUGAUCAUUCAUGCUCUGCGCUCUGCCUGCUCACUGAAGAUAACACAUCACAAGAUUACAACUCGAGUUCAGCGAUGGACCUCCUGUCCACGAUGGAAGGGAACUACUCCGACAUCGAAGACUUGUACGACAAUUUCUCCUACGACGAAGACGACGUGUGUGAUCUGAACGAGUCGAGGCCCCUCGAGGCGGUGUUCGUCCCCGUUCUGUACUCCGUGGCGUUCGUCGUCGGCAUCCUGGGCAACGGCGUGCUGCUCGGCGUCCUGGUCAAGAGCAGGAGGUCCUGGAGUGUGACGGACACCUUCAUCCUCCACCUGGGGGUGUCCGACGUCCUGCUGCUGGUGACUCUGCCCGUCUGGGCCGCUCAGUCCGCCCAAGCCGAGGGAUGGACCUUCGGCGCUCCUCUCUGCAAGAUCACCGGCGCCCUCUUCACGAUCAACUUCUACUGUGGCAUCUUUCUGCUGGCCUGCAUCAGCCUGGACCGCUACCUGUCCAUCGUCCACGCCACCCAGAUGUACUCCCGCAGGAAGCCCGGCGUCGUCCACAUCAGCUGCUUGGCGGUGUGGCUCGUCUCGCUGCUCCUCACCAUCCCCGACUGGAUCUUCUUGGAUGCCGUGAAGGUUUCCAGAGAAGGCCAAAAAACCCAGUGUGUCCGCGACUACCAGAGCUACGCCUCCGGGGAAGUGGGCGACUGGCGACUGGCGUCCCGCCUGCUCUUCCACACCGUGGGCUUCCUGCUGCCUUCGGUGGUCCUGAUCUUCUGCUACUCCUGCAUCCUGCGCCGGCUGCGGUGCGGCGCCCAGGCCCCCCAGAAGCAGAAAGCCUUCAGGGUCAUCGUGGCGGUGGUGGCCGUUUUCUUCCUCUGCUGGACGCCGUACAACAUCACGCUCCUGGUGGACACACUUCACUCCGGCGACAAGAACGACACCUGCGGCGCCAGAACCUCCCUGGGAACGGCCAAGAUGAUCACCUCCUCCGUGGGUUACCUCCACUGCAGCCUCAAUCCCGUCCUCUACGCCUUCGUGGGCGUGAAGUUCCGACGUCAGCUCCUCCUCAUCCUGCGGUCCCUGGGCUGCAGGGUGAAGAUGGGCGCCAAACUGCAGUCGGUGACCAGCAGGAGAAGCUCCGUUUGGUCUGAGUCUGGUGACACGUCCAACUCCAUGGCCAUCUAGGAGAGAGACACCAGCGCAGAGACGGCAACGCGAAAGGUUUCUGGUAAUGUCUUGAGUUAUUGACCUGUGUGUGGAUCUAUUUUUCUUGUAUUUCCCUUUUCUUCAUUGCAACAAGACGCUUGUUCUCUGUAAGUUACUAAUGCUGUAUACUGCUUUCAAAUGGAUUUCAUGCCACAAUAAAAAGUUCCCUUAAGUUGUGUUUUUGUGAACGGAUUGUUUCACACAUUACAGUACAACAGACCCAACAGGUUCUCUUAAAGGCAGAUUUAGGUA